AUGUGGAGAACGCAGAACGGGCGUGCAGUGGUCCGAGCCCUGGUCCUGGCCACUCUGUGGCUGGCCGUGGCUGGGCGUCCCCUGGUCCGGCGAUCCCUGGCUCUGUCCGAUGAAGAGCCACUCAUUCUCUACGGUUGGGGCAAGAGCACCCGCCUGCAGCACCUGUACGCCGCUGGUCCCCACAUCUCCAACUGCUUCCUGAAUAUCCGGAGCGACGGCUCUGUGGACUGCGAGGAUGAACAAAACGAACGAAGUUUGCUAGAGUUCCGCGCGGUGGCUCUGAAGACGAUUGCCAUCAAGGACGUCAGCAGCGUACGGUACCUCUGCAUGAGCGCGGACGGGAAGAUACAGGGCCUGAUUCGAUACUCGGAGGAAGAUUGCACCUUCAGGGAGGAACUGGACUAUUUAGGCUACAACCAGUACAAAUCCCCGAAGCACCGCCUCCACAUCAUCCUCAUCAGGUCCAAAUACAGGCAACAGCUCCAGGACAAAGCGCCCUCCAACUUUAUCCCCGUGUUUCCCCGGUCCUUUUUGGAAGCCAGGGACCAGCUGGAGUCUAAACUGUUUCCCCUGCCCCUGGAUCCCGACAGCAUGGAUCCAUUCGGGAUGGUGGAAGACAUGGAGGUGAAGAGUCCCAGCUUCCAGAAGUGA